AUGGCAAGUCCAGUACCCUUGGGGGGCCCCUCGGGGGCCCCCAGCCCUGCUGCUGCUUUUGCUGCUCGCCACAGCAGCAGCAGCCUGCGGGGCCCCCCCGCUGCUGCUGCCAGUUUCGGCGGCCCCGGCAGGGCCAGCAGCAGCAGCAGCAGGGAGCCUGCUGCUGCUGCUGCUGCUGCUGAGGAAGCAGCAGCAGAAGCUGCUGCUCUCUCUUUGGGGCGCGAGAGCCCUCUCCCCGCAGGGUCUGCUGACUCUGCUGCUGCAGCAGCAGCAGCAGCAGCAGCAGCAGCAGCAGCUGCUGCUGCUGCUUCAGGCGCCAGCCCCUCGCCCUCGCGGGAGGGCUCCGCUGCUGCUGCUGCUGCGCCGUGCUGCGGCGCCCCCGCGGGAGGCGCAGCAGCAGCACCUGCUGCAGCAGCAGCAGCAGCAGCAGCAGCAGAAGUGCUGACGGGGGACCUGCGGGCUUUAAUUCCCAGCAAGUUUAAAUACAGCUUUCCGAAGCAGCAGCAGCCGCGGCACCGCAGCUACGAAGUGCUGGCGCUGGAAGACAAUCCUUUUGCUGCUGCUGCUGCUGCUGCUGCUGCUGCUGCUGCUCCGCUGCUGCCGAAGCCCCCCAAAGCGCCCCACAGGAAGAAGUCCAUCUUCGGCAUAGCCCGGCGGCAGCAGCAGCAGCAGCAGCAGCAGCGGCAGGGCGCGGCGGCGGGCGGCGCUGCCGCUGCUGCUGCUGCUGCUGCUGCUGCUGCUGCUGCUCCUGCUGCUGCUGCUAAGGGCUGGGUGAAGGACUUCAGCUGCUUCUUGUGCUCAAGUCCAGACUAUGUCAGUGAGCAGCAAACUCAAAUUGAAUUGGAAAAUGUGCAGCUGGAGGAAGCUCUUGCUGAGAUGGAGGAGGAGCGGCAGCAGCAGCAGCAGCAGCAGCAGCAGCAGCAGCAGCAGCUGCUGCUGCUGCUGCAGGCCAAGCGCGAGCAGGAGCUGCUGCUGCAGGACACUAGAAAGGCCCUCGAUGAAAAACUCAAAGAGACGCAGCAGCAAUUCGAAAAAAGAUUAGCAGCAGCAGCAACGCAGCAGCAGCAGCAACUCGAAGCUGCCCACGAGGCGCUGCUGCUGCGCACCGAAGAAAGAGACGCGCUGCUCGAAAGACAGAAACAAAUUGACUCCGCGCUGCUGCUGCUGCAGCAGCACUUCAACAACACAAUGACCAGCGCCUUCAGCUCUCAGCCGAGGUCUCCGGAGGAGUUUAUGGAGAAGCUGCAUAAUUUAUAUUUGGGGCUCAACGAACCGAGGUCUCCGGAGGAGUUUAUGGAGAAGCUGCAUAAUUUAUAUUUGGGGCUCAACGAAGUCAUGACAAAGGCCCUGCCCAGAGGUGCUGCUGCUGAGUCUGCGCCAGCAAAUGCUGCAGUGAACGUACACCUGACGACGGAGUUCCCCCCUGCUGCUGCUGCUGCUGCUGCUGCUGCUGCUGCUGCUGCUGCUGCUGCUGCUGCUGGGACGCCUGUGGGGAGCCCGAAGAUGGGGUCUUUGAAGAAAAAAGGAAUUAAAGGAAAGAAAAAAAUAAAAACAAAAAAGGGAAAAAAAGAAGCAGCAAAAAAAACAAAAACAAAAAAAAUUAAAAAGAAAACAAAACGCAAAGCAGCAAAGGAGACACAGGUGAACAAAGUCAAAGGCAAAGCAGCAGCAGCAGCAGCAGCAGCAGCAGCAGCAGCAGCAGAAGCAACAGAAGCAACAGACGCAGGAGCAGCAGCAGACGCAGCAGAAGCAGCAGAAGCAGCUGCAGCAGCAGAAGCAGCGGCAGCGGAGCAGCGGGGCUUUAGUAGCCCUGCUGCUGCUGCUGCUGCUGCUGCUGCUGCUGCUGCUGCUGCUGCAACGCCAAGAGGAGGCGAAGUAGAAACCCUAAACCCUAGACCCUUGCUUGUUGCUUAUUCGCUCAGCGUCGAAACCCUAAACCCUCGAGGGGAGCCAAACCCUCAGCAGCUGCAGCAGCAAGGACGCGAGCAGCAGCAGCAGCAAGAAAGCGAGCAGCAGCAGCUGCCCCAGCCGCUGCCAAGAAGUAGCAGCAGCAGCAGCAACAGCAGCAACAGCAGCAACAGCAGUCCUCCAGCCAGAACGGCAAACAAUUUGGUGCGAAACAAGCAGCAGCAGCAGCAGCAGCAGCAACAGCAGCAGCAGCAAGAGGAACAGCAGGAGCAGCAGCAAAUGGAGCAGCAGCAGCAGCAGCAGCAGCAUGAAGUUGGGCAAGCUGGAGGCGAAGGCGGGAGAGACGGAGAGCCAAACGAACCAGCAGCGGCUGCUGCUGCAGCAGCUGCUGCAGCAGCAGCAGCAGCUGCUGCUGCAGCAGCAGCAGCAGAGCGGCGAGCCAAGGAGGCUACUGCAGCAGCAAAGGACCCACAAGGGAAAAGUUUAAAAGAUGAAGAAGCAGCAAAUGGGCAAAUAGGAGAAGCAAAAUUUAUCAUUGAAAUUAGGCAGCAGGAUAUUCCUGCAGCAGCAGCAGCAGCAGCAGCAGCAACACACAGCAGCAGCAGCAACAGCAGCAGCACAGUUGUUCACGCCUUCGCGCCCUCGCAAGCGCAGCAAGAACAGCAGCAGCAGCAGGAGCAGCAGGAGCAGGCGAAACUUGAGCAGCAGCAGCAGCAACAGCAGCAACUAGAGCUUGAAAAGCUGCAGCAGCAGCAGCAGCAGCAGCAGCAGCAACAGCAGCAGCAGCAGCAGCAGCAGCAGGCGCCUUUGUCGGAGCCGUUUGCUUCCCCCGCGGGCACUUUGAGCACCGACGAGGGCACCAACGGCAGCAGCAGCAACAGCAGCAGCAGCAACACCAGCAGCAGCAGCAGCAGCAGCAGCAACAGCAGCAGCAGCAGCAGCAGCAGCAGCAGCGCGGGGGUGUCUGCGGAAUUGUGCGUGCUGCGGGCCCUUUCUUUGGGCCGUCUUUGCUGGUUUUCGGAAAAGCCAAAAGUGGCGAUUGGAGUUAUAAAAAAAAUAAAAGAAAAUAAAAAUAAAAUCCAACAAGAAGUCCAGAGAGCCAAGACUGCCCCGCUGCUGCUCUAA